AUGGAUGCCCAAGGAAGCUCCCGGAUAAGGGAGAAAUACCAUCCAGAGACAAUAACUUCGACCGGCCUCAGUGUUAUAUACGUACCGGAGACCGAGGCUGCAAUAGUCGACAUUAUCAUGGUUCAUGGUCUGAAAGGCCACCCCUAUAAAACAUGGCGAUGCAAGAAAACUCCAGAAAAUGAGGAUCAGCUAUCAAUAAACCCUGACAAAGAGGCACCAAAGUCGAGCACUUCCAAACGACUUGAAUUUAGACAAAGUAUCAAAGCUUUCUUGAAAGGCUCGUCAAGCAACAGACAGGACAGUAGCUACACCGAUUCAACGAUUAACGAUGCUUCAGCUCUAGAGAAUGGCGACGGAUCUGUCUUCUGGCCUGCCGACUUACUCCCGCAAAUCUGCAAGAGGGCUCGAAUUUUGACAUUCGGUUAUGAUACCAAGAUCACCAAGUUUAUCUCCGGGCCGACCAACACAAACAGUAUCUUCUCGCAUGGGAAAGACUUCUUGUUCUCUUUGGCGCGUGAAUGCGUACCAGACCGCCCUAUCAUAUUUAUAGCUCACAGUCUUGGUGGAAUACUGGUGAAGGAGAUGCUAGCACUGUCGUCAAAUUCAGACACUCCAACGCAAAAAGGUGUUAUUAAAUCAACUGCGGCUGUUAUGUUCCUCGGCACACCCCACCGAGGAAGCCCUGAACUGUCAGCUAUUGGUGAAUGGGCAAGGUCAAUGCUUAGCAGUCUGAAGUUUCAAACAACAUCGACAAUCUUGGACAGUCUAGGCCUCAAAACGACUGAUUUAGAACGCGCUCAUGAAGCGUUCUGCAGACUCUGGCACCAGUACGACUUCCAGGUGAAGACGUUCCAAGAAAGCUUUGGUCUUACUGGGAUUGAUCUGGGUGUCUUAGGGAACAAGGUCGUGCCCCAUGAGUCUUCUUUGAUUGGAGAUCCGAGAGAACAUGCAGAGACUCUACAGGCUAAUCACAAGCAGAUGAGUCGUUUCAGCAAUGCUCAGGAUCCGAACUACAUCAAAGUUUCUGGGGAGAUCAAAGCGUUAUAUACCGCGAUCGAGAAUGCUCAGAAUCGGAACCAAUUUACUGCAGAGCCAACCAAGCUCUUCAAAACUCCAUCCUCGCUGCCGCAUCCGCUUGCCCGACUCAGCUGUAACCUUUGCCGCUGGCGGCAAGUGAAAUGUGAUCGUCGCAACCCUUGCUCUAACUGCAUCUCUCACAAUAGACAAUGUUCAUAUGCCGCUGGUUAUGAUGGAGCUGCUAAAGUACCCACUGAAACGGAAGCAGACAGGAAUGAUAUUCUCUCAUUUGGAAAGACCUAUCCAGAUAUCUUAGGCAAGAAUGAACUGGACGACUUUCUUAUGACAUUACUCUUCGGUGGAAUGAAUACUCGACAGGAUUCUGUAGUAUCCCCUGCCAUCAAUACCGGGCAAUGGCUGUUCCAAGACCCAACAUUCCGUCUUUGGACAACUGCGACUGACCCAAAGUAUCGUUUACUCUUCCUAAAAGGAAAGCCAGGGGCAGGCAAGUCAACCUUGAUGAAGGAGGCUGUACGUCAGAUGCACUAUGUUCAAAGUAAUCAAGGGAUCUGUGCUAGCUUCUUCGUCGAUGCUGGUGGCGAGCUUCUCCAAGGAAGUUCAGCCGGAAUCUUUCGGUCGUUGCUCUAUCAACUAUUGUCACAGAGCGGAAUAUGUAGCCCGUUCACCGAAAUCAACAUGGAGCGAGAUAUCUUGAUCUCUAGUAUUAAGGGUACUAUUUCCAGUAACAUAAUGCCAUCGGUGGAAUGGGGCGAGAGACCUUUGCAAAGUUUGCUCACCCAGACGCUUCGAUAUCUAGCGUCUCUCGACACGCCAGUGUAUAUCUUCGUGGAUGCACUGGACGAGUUAGGUGCUAAGAUACAACGGGAGCAGGUUGACUUUUGGGGUCUCCAACAACUGUACCCCCAGGGGCCAAGAAUCUGCUUAUCUUGCAGACACUUUCCCAACAUCGUGGUGGCUGGCUGUCUGGAGCUGGUUUUGGACAUGUACAACGGGAACGACAUUCUAACAUAUACCACGCAGCGACUCAAUACACGAAUGUCUACAAAAGAAAAGCACUGGAGGACGUUACUCACGAAAAAGAUACACUCUCUAUCAUCAGGGUCUUUCCUAUGGACCGUCCUGGUAGUGGAUGAAAUUCUCGCCCGUUAUGACGAGGGUGCCAGUUUACCUGUGCUCAUGCGACGGGUCAAGGACAUGCCAACAGAGCUCGAGGAGCUUUAUAAGAAAAUGCUAACGACAACCGAAUAUGAGGAUUCGCUGCUGAUUGGAAGGAUGUUUGAAUGGGUAUUUGCGGCAAACAGACUAUUGCGUCUUGACGAGUGGCACCACAUACUCGCUUUUAUCCAGCCUUCGAAACCAGCGUCACUCGCAACUUGGCGAAAGUCGAAUUCUUUUACCGAAAACGAUGAUCAACUUGAAAGGAAGAUUAAGAACCUAUCGCGAGGAUUAUUGGAAGUCAGCAACAAGCAGCACGAUGUCCUGGCAGAGAAGAAUGGUGAGGUGUCGUCGAUCAAUGCUGGUGCUGGAUCUCUGGACCAUGAAGAGGGUUCAGCGCGCGUGGUGCGUGUUAUCCACAGAUCCGUUUACGAUUUCUUCAUAUACAAAGGAGGAUUUCGGAGCCUCGGCUUGGAGAGCGUCAACCCUCUUCUGGAUUGCCAUUGCACCAUUGCAAACACUUGCAUCGACUACCUAUUCAUCCCUGAGCUGGAUGAAUAUGUUGUUGCUCGACAACGCGUAAACAUGGCUAGCCUAGUCAGUGCUUCAUUAUGCUCGGAGACUUCCUUGAGAAACGAGGAACCUCCAAAUGUAGAAGUCCAGCGCCAGGGGCGAGGAUCUGGGCGCACCUUUGAAGGCUUGGAGGCGUUGCCCCCCUGGCAGCCUUUCGAGGUCGUUGAGAGCUGGCUGGCUGGAGGGGUUCUGCCCUCAUAUGCAGGCUCCAUCCCGGGCUCUACAAAACGGUCGGCCUCGCAUGAGUCUCUUGUCGCUGCUACGUCGCAGGUCCUGAGCGACUACCCAGCUCUGCUCGUAUAUGCAAUCACAGAAGUCAUGCUACAUGUGGAACUUGCAGAGCUAGAUCUUAAUCCUACACAGAAAACGCAGCAUCUCCUCGAGAGAUUGGGCGAUGAUGGCAUAUGGAAACGCCUGCGGGCACUACAGCAAGAGAGGCGCUCGCGAAAAAAAACUGCCGAAUGGCUUGAAGCUGUUGCACAGAAUCGGCUGCCGCCUCUUUCAAAGUGA